AUGGCCAAGUCUAGGGGUCCUCUGUACCUCUGGGUAUGCUUGGCCGCAGCGCUGGCCUCUUUCUUGGUGGGAUUUAUGGCAGGCUGGUUUAUUAAUAAGCCUCUCCAAGAAACUGUCACUUUACUGCGUUAUCAUCAAAGUAUAAGGUGGGAAUUGAUAUCUGAAAUGCAAGCAGAAAACAUUAAAGCAUUCCUUCGUUCUUUCACAAAGCUACCACACCUGGCAGGAACAGAACAAAAUUUACUGCUUGCCAUGAAAAUCCAAAGCCAAUGGAAGAAGUUUGGACUGGACACAGCCAAACUGGUUCCUUAUGAUGUUCUCUUAUCUUAUCCUAAUGAGACAAAUGCCAACUAUAUAUCAAUAGUGGAUGAACAUGGAACUGAGAUUUUCAAAACAUCGUACAGUGAGCUGGCACCAGACGGCUAUGAAAAUGUUACAAAUAUCGUACCACCAUAUAAUGCUUUCUCAGCACAAGGCUCACCUGAGGGAGAUCUUAUAUAUGUCAAUUAUGCUCGUACUGAAGAUUUUUUCAAAUUAGAAAGAGAAAUGAACAUCAACUGCACUGGAAAGAUUGUGAUUGCAAGAUAUGGGAAAAUCUUCAGAGGAAAUAAAGUUAAAAAUGCCAUGUUAGCGGGAGCUAUAGGAAUCAUCUUGUAUUCUGAUCCAGCUGACUACACUGCUCCUGGGGUAGAGUCAUAUCCCAAAGGAUGGAAUCUUCCUGGAACUGGAGCUCAGAGAGGGAAUGUGUUAAAUUUGAAUGGUGCUGGUGACCCACUUACUCCAGGCUAUCCAGCUAAAGAGUAUACCUUCAGGCUUGAUGUUGAAGAAGGAGUGGGAAUCUCCAAAAUUCCUGUGCAUCCCAUUGGAUAUAAUGAUGCAGAAAGUAUAUUACGUCAUAUGGGAGGUCCUGCUCCUCCAGAUGACAGCUGGAAGGGAAGUCUUAAUGUGAAUUAUAAUAUUGGACCUGGAUUUACUGGGAAUAAUUCUUUAAGGAAGAUUAGAAUGCAUGUUCAUAACAUCAAUAAAAUUACAAGGAUUUAUAAUGUAAUUGGAACUAUCAGAGGAUCUGUAGAACCUGACAGGUAUGUUAUUCUGGGAGGUCAUCGGGACGCCUGGGUGUUUGGAGGUAUUGACCCAACCAGUGGGACUGCUGUCUUACAAGAAAUUGUCCAGAGUUUUGGAAAACUGAUGACUAGAGGCUGGAGACCUAGAAGAACUAUCAUUUUUGCAAGCUGGGAUGCAGAAGAAUUUGGGCUUUUAGGUUCUACAGAAUGGGCAGAGGAAAAUACAAAAAUACUCCAGGACAGAAGUGUGGCUUAUAUCAACUCAGAUUCAUCUAUAGAAGGCAAUUAUACUCUCAGAGUUGAUUGUACACCCCUUCUUUACCAGUUGGUGUAUAAACUGGCCAAAGAGAUCUCCAGCCCUGAUGAUGGUUUUGAAACUCAAUCUCUUUAUGAAAGCUGGUUGGAAAAGGAUCCUUCACCUCAAAAUAAAAGUGUUCCUAGAAUCAGUGAGACUGGUAAAACAGAUAACUACAGUAACUACCCUGUAUACCACACUAUUUACGAGACAUUUGAGUUGGUAGAGAAAUUUUAUGAUCCUACAUUUAAAAAACAGCUAUCUGUGGCCCAGUUACGAGGAGCGCUGGUAUAUGAACUUGCAGACUCUAAAAUCAUUCCUUUCAAUAUUCAAGACUAUGCAAAAGCUUUGGAAAUUUAUGCAUCAAGCAUCUACAAUUUAUCUAAGAAAUAUGACCAACAAUUGAGAAAACAUGAGGUGUCAUUUGACUUUUUAUUUUCUGCUGUGAAAAACUUCUCAGAGGCUGCUUCAAACUUUCACAGAAGACUCACUCAAAUUGAUUUUAAUAAUCCUAUUGCAGUGAGAAUCAUGAAUGAUCAAUUGAUGCUCCUGGAGAGAGCAUUCAUCGACCCUCUUGGCUUACCAGGAAGGCCAUUUUAUAGGCAUGUCAUCUUUGCUCCAAGUAGUCACAAUAAAUAUGCUGGAGAAUCAUUUCCUGGGAUAUAUGAUGCUAUGUUUGAUAUUGAAAAUAAAGCAGACUCUAAUUCAGCGUGGACAGAAGUAAAGAAACACAUAUCUAUUGCAGCUUUUACAGUUCAAGCUGCAGCAAGAACUCUGACAGAAGUGCCAUAA